CUUCCCUCUGCACGCAUGACGAGGAGUACUGGCUGACAAAGGCGAACCUAAUGUUCGAUAUUCUCGUCGAGCCGUACUGCGUCGAGCGUGUGAUGAGGCAGUUCGGACGACGACAGCACUUUCCUCUCCUACCUCGAGCGUUCCAGGCCGUGCCGCACAACGUACACGAAUAUUUGCGCAGAGGAUACCAUGCCAGCAAGGUCAACUGGGUCUCAAGAUGCAAGAGUACGUAGAAGGGUGGCUUGACGCACGUGACGAUGUGUGGGACGAGGGGCAGCCACACACGGAGGCGUCAUACGCUGCAUACCCCCGCUGGUACUUCCUUCGCAUGCGUCCGUACGUCACUCUUUCACGUAUUGAUGACGCGGAGCAUCAGCACCAGCCGACCAUCUCGGACACGUAUCCCUCGUACCGUGAUCAGGAGCAGCGUGGCGCGAUUGAUCUGAUCAAGUUCGCGGAGAUCGAAGCUACAUCUCAGAUCACGUUGCAUGACCGUGGAGUACGUGUACCGGAGGCACAAUACAAGGACAGCUUGCGUAAGAUUCAAGACAGCUUGACGCGAGCGUUACGUGCACUGACGUGUCGCGGCAGAGACGACGUGGGGGCCUCCAGUUCAUCUCAUGCGUCCGCUCACGUGUACGCAGCUGGCCCGUCAUCCUCUGCAGCACUGCACGCAGCGUCCAGCGGUACUGCCGCUAGUUCAAGCUUCAUGCACUCGACGGCAAUGGGACCUCCUCCUGCAAGAAUGGAGCCUCAGACUUUUGGCGCCUAUGCUCCAGGAACGUCUCUCCCGUCACGAUGCCAGCUGCACCAGCUGCACCGUACUUUCAGGGCUAUGCUCAGCAUGCAUGGUCGACGGAAGCUCCUGCAUACGGUGGUCCAUUCGGUGUGCCGGACUGGGACGACUGGGAGGGCGGCUCCGUUACUUGGUCGGAGCUGGUGGGCAGCGGCGCCGAGCCUGACAUCAUUGGUCCAUCCCAGACGUACGACGCUCUAAGUGCACAGUCUCAGAAUGACCCGUUCACGCCUGCACCUCCUCCGCCUCAUUCUCACCGUGCUCCAGAUGCAUUUACGUACUCGGAGGACCACAUACGCCGACGGGCUAGGACUAGGGGGAGGACCAAGAGAGCGCGAGGUCCGGGACAUGCGGGGUAGAUACUUCU